AUGGACAACUCCCGGUAUUUGGUCGACCCGUCUUCGAGUGGCAGUACAUCCGGUUUCUACUCCAAUCCAAACAACCAGCAGCUUGCCACACCGCCGAUGGAAAUCGGACAGGCGGGUCCGACGCUUUCAAUCUCGACAACAUUCGACCCAGCUUCAACAAUCCUGCCCGACCCGCCCGACCUAGUCUUCAAGUCUUUGGACGGCGUGCUCUUCUAUGUCCACGCCGCUCAUCUGCUCUCCCUCUCUUCCAAUCGGUUCGGUAAUCUCAUCCCAAAGCGCAAACCCAGGUCCCCCUCCUCAAAACCUCCGCCCGCCACACCAGUUCCUCUAUCCUCGCCCACGCUCAAUGUCCUCCUCCACGCCCUCUAUGGCCUUCCAAGCGCUUCCUACAACCCCACCAUUGGCACACUUGUCGCUGCCGUCGACGCCCUGCCCUCGUAUGGCUGCCUCCCACAAACACACGUCGCGCCCGCGACGCCCCUAUUCUCUCUCCUCCUCGCACGGGCACCCCUCGCGCCCCUCGCCGUCUACGCGCUCGCCGCCGCGCACGAUCUCCCCGCGCUCGCCGCGCCCGUCUCCGCGUACCUGCUCUCCUUCCCGCUCCUCGCUCGCGCCUCCUCCGCCCAGGCGGAAGGCAAGGAGACGCUCACCGACGCGCUGGCAGAGCGCGUCGGGGCGCUGUACCUGAAGCGGCUCUUCGCGCUGCACACGGGGCGCGUGCGCGCGCUGCGCGAGAUGCUCGUCCGGCCGCCGGAGACGCACGCGGAGAGCUGGCGGUGCGGAUUCGCGGCGCAGAAGAAGGUUUCGCGGGCGUGGGGGCUCGCGGCCGCCUACGUCGCGUGGGACGCGCGGCCGGACUAUUCAGUGUGCGCAAUUGAAAAUGCGUUGGGCCCGCUGGCAGACCAUGUCGAAUGCGAGGGGUGCAAAAAGGCGAUUCGCAGCCGAGUGCGGGAGAUUGUGGUGCAGUGGUCUAUGGUAAAGCCGUCGAUAUCCAUCGAUCGAUAA